CACAGCACACUCCCACCCGUGAUGGGAGCUCUGGGACGUCCCCACUGUAAACUGCACCCCAGCACCGUCAAAUCCUUUUCUCGGAGUCCAUAUGGGAUACUGGGCGCCCACACUGUACUGUUCUUUCUGCACGACUGUUCAUGUUGUGUGUUGGUUCUCUGCCGGCUGUUACACUUUGCUUCCAGUUUUGUUCUGGUUCUAUUCCAGUUUUCUCUGGUAUGUUGUUUUAUUUGAUGUUAUAUAUUUCUCCUCUCCAGUUAUGUUCCGUCUCUCUAUGGGAACAGUUAUCUUAGCUGGUCUAAUGGGGAGGGGCAUAGAGGGGAGGAGCUAGCACACACAGACAAAAAAAUAUUGUGCAUCGGCUCCAUGUACCACGUUUAUACCCCACUGUAAACUGCUCCCCAGUAUCCCCUAUGGACUCCGAGAAAAGGAUUUAUCGGUAAGUACCAAAAUCCUGUUUUACCAUGUUACAUGUGUAAUCUGUGUUGUAUAUGUUUAUUCAUAGGCACACCAGCUGUCUUUAUUGCAAUUCACAUUUUCUGUAUUCUCUCUGAAUCACUGAGGAUGGACUCAGGCAAGAGUCACAAGACUAAGAGGAUAAUAAAUAUCACCCUGGAGAUCAUCUACCUGCUGACUGGGGAGGAUUACACAGUAGUGAAGACAUCCAGUGAGUGUAAGACACCCAGCAGCUGUCCCCUUGUGUCAGGAGUACUGAGCAGGACUCAGAGCCCCAUCACAGUGCCUCCUCUUCACUCACUGAUAAAUGAGAGACACAAUGAUCAGAAGAUCCUGGAACUCACCAACAAGAUCAUUCAGCUAUUGACUGGAGAGGAGGGGGAGUAUAUAGAGGAACAAAGGGGUCUGUACAAGGACGUGAUGAUGGAGAAUCACUGGCCCCUCACAUCACUGGAUGGGCCCAGUAACAGAGAUACCCCAGAGAGAUGUUCCCGUCCUCUGUAUUCCCAGGAUUGUACAGAGGAGAAUCACAGGAUCCCACAGGAGGAUAAGGUAGAAGGUCUGUCAGAUAUAAAGGCAGAAGAUAUAGAGGGAGAAGAAGAGACGUAUGUGACUGAUAUAAAGGCAGAAGAUAUAGAGGAAGAAGAAGAGACGUAUGUGACUGAUAUAAAGGCAGAAGAUACAGAGGGAGAAGAAGAGACGUAUGUGACUGAUAUAAAGGCAGAAGAUAUAGAGGGAGAAGAAGAGACGUAUGUGACUGAUAUAAAGACAGAAGAUAUAGAGGGAGAAGAAGAGACGUAUGUGACUGAUAUAAAGGCAGAAGAUACAGAGGGAGAAGAAGAGAUGUAUGUGACUGAUAUAAAGGCAGAAGAUCUAGAGGGAGAAGAAGAGACGUAUGUGAGGGGUGAUCAGCAGUGUAAGGAGGAGGAAAUCCCUACAGAUAUCAGCACAGCAGAUGGACACACUAGCAGGAAUAUCUCAGAAGGACAUCUAAUGUUAUCCCCGUAUUGGGAAAUAAAUGAUAAUGACAAUAGACAGGAUUCUCCAGGAGAUAACCCCAUUACCCCAAUUAUACAUCCAGCUCUAUCAGCUGGUCCCUCUGAUUCUGGGGAAUGUUCUCCUGAUCACUCUGAUAUUGGUGCAUCUGUUACAGCUCUGACAGUAGAUAUAGAGUUUCCCUGUUCUCUUGAUGCCAAAUGUUUUACACAGAACACAAAGCGUAUUACCCAUCAGACAGCUAAGGCAGGUGAGAGCCCACUGAUAUGUUCUGAGUGUGGGAAAUGUUUUACAUACAAAUCAAAUCUUGUUAAACAUCAGAGAUAUCACACAGGUGAGAAACUAUUUCCAUGUUCUGAGUGUGGAAAACGUUUUACACUGAAAUCAAGUCUUGUUAUACAUCAGAGAAGUCACACAGGUGAGAAACCAUUUUCAUGUUCUCAGUGUCGGAAAUGUUUUACGCAGCAAUCAAAUCUGAUUACACAUCAGAGAAGUCACAUAGGUGAGAAGCCAUUUCCAUGUUCUGAGUGUGGGAAAUGUUUUACAUACAAAUCACAUCUUGUUAAACAUCAGAGAUAUCACACAGGUGAGAAACUAUUUCCAUGUUCUGAGUGUGGAAAACGUUUUACACUGAAAUCAAGUCUCGUUAUACAUCAGAGAAGUCACACAGGUGAGAAACCAUUUUCAUGUCCUGAAUGUGGGAAAUGUUUUACAGUGAAAUCACAUCUUGAUACACAUCAGAGAAGUCACACAGGUGAGAAACCAUUUUCCUGUUCUGAAUGUGGGAAAUGUUUUGCACAUAAAUCACAUCUUGUUACACAUCAGAGAAGUCACACAGGUGAGAAACCAUUUUCAUGUUCUCAUUGUCGGAAAUGUUUUACACAGCAAUCAAAUCUGAUUACACAUCAGAGAAGUCACAUAGGUGAGAAGCCAUUUCCAUGUUCUGAGUGUGGGAAAUGUUUUACAUACAAAUCACAUCUUGUUAAACAUCAGAGAUAUCACACAGGUGAGAAACUAUUUCCAUGUUCUGAGUGUGGAAAACGUUUUACACUAAAAUCAAGUCUUGUUAUACAUCAGAGAAGUCACACAGGUGAGAAACCAUUUCCAUGUCCUGAAUGUGGGAAAUGUUUUACAGUGAAAUCACAUCUUGAUACACAUCAGAGAAGUCACACAGGUGAGAAACCAUUUUCCUGUUCUGAAUGUGGGAAAUGUUUUGCACAUAAAUCACAUCUUGUUACACAUCAGAGAAGUCACACAGGUGAGAAACCAUUUUCAUGUUCUCAGUGUUGGAAAUGUUAUACACAGCAAUCAAAUCUGAUUACACAUCAGAGAAGUCACAUAGGUGAGAAACCAUUUCCAUGUUCUGAGUGUGGAAAAUGUUUUAAACGGAAAUCACAUCUUGUUACACAUCAGAGAAAGUCACACAAGUGAGAGGUUAUAUCCAUGCUCUGAGUGUGAGAAGUAAAUCAGCUCUGUUUCACACAAUAGACAUAACACAGGUGAGGAUCCUUUUUAUUCCCAUCACCAUUGCCAUGCAAUGUUCCUCAAGGUUCUUAUCCUAUCUCCUAUGCUUUUUGCUGCCACUGGGUGAAACAAUUAGACGUCAUGCUCUUGUCUACCACUGCUGUGCAGAGGACCUGUCUUUUUCUCUGUGUACUCGGAAACCCAAUACUAAUCCUAAGUGGCUGUCUAGCUGAGCUCCAGGUGUGGGUGGUGCCAGUUGUCUGUGACUCAGUCCUGGAGAAACAGAGGUCUUUCUGGUAGAAGGUCACCAACAAGACUACAGCUUCACCAACCAACUGAAGUUACCCUUUGGUGUUCAGAGUUACAAAAUGCUGGUCAUGUGCGGAGUCUUAGGUUGUGUCUGACACAAACAUCAGGUAUCUGCCACAUUCGAAUCCUCGUUCUUUCAUCAGUGGACUAUAUCCAAAAUCAAGCACCUGAUUCUCUCAGAAGAUCUACCUACAGUCAUACAUGUACUUGUAUAAUCACGCAUAGACUACUGCAAUGUCCUCUACCUGGGUAUCCCAGCAAAUAAAUUACGCUGCUUGUAGCUUGUGCAGAGUGCAGCAGCCAGGCUGUUACCUAACCAGCCCGUUCCUGCCACAUAACACCCAUUCUCUGCUCCCUUCACCGGCUGCCUGUAAGAUGGUGACUAUUACAUAAUCUUACUGACUCUCCCAGCCCUACAUGACCAGCAUCCAUGGAACCAGAAGCAGCUUCUGCCUCCUUACUGCCCUGCUUUCUUACUUCCACCUGCAGAUGAAGGACUGUUACCAACAGUACCAAGAAUCUGUCAUAAUUCAUUUGUGGAUGAUCUAUUAGCAUUGUUGCCCUGACCAUGGAACCUGCUGCCUCGCACAGUCCAAGAGACCUCCACUCUGGAGACCACAAACAGACUGAUGACUGUUACGCGUUUCAUUAAUGUUCCUUCACUUCCUAAAUAAUACAUCCCACAUGCUGAGCCCUUUA